AUGACCAACGACUCCUCCAACACUGGUGCCGCCUCCAAUGGCGAGGCCAAGUCCUCCUUCACCGUCAAGGCCGGCCUCGCCCAGAUGCUCAAGGGCGGCGUCAUCAUGGACGUCACAAACGCUGAGCAGGCCCGCAUCGCCGAAGAAGCCGGCGCCUGCGCCGUCAUGGCCCUCGAGCGAGUCCCCGCCGACAUCCGCAAAGACGGCGGCGUAGCCCGCAUGUCAGACCCCGCCAUGAUCAAGCAGAUCCAAGAAGCCGUCACCAUCCCCGUCAUGGCAAAGGCCCGCAUCGGUCACUUUGUCGAGUGUCAGAUCCUCGAGGCUCUUGGUGUCGACUACAUCGACGAGUCUGAGGUCCUCACACCCGCUGAUGACGAGAGCCACGUUGAGAAGAGCACUUUUGGUGUUCCGUUUGUUUGUGGGUGCAGAAACCUCGGUGAGGCGCUGCGACGAAUUGCAGAGGGCGCUGCUAUGAUCCGAACAAAGGGCGAGGCUGGCACCGGCGAUGUCGUCGAGGCCGUGCGACACAUGAAGACAGUCAACAAGCAGAUCGCACAAGCCAAGGCCGCGCUCGCAGAGGGCGGCAUCAUCCGCAUCCGCGAACUCGCCCGCGAGCUCGAAGUCGACGCCGAACUCCUCCGCCAGACCGCAGAGCUAGGCCGUCUGCCCGUCGUCAACUUCGCCGCCGGCGGAGUCGCCACGCCCGCUGACGCCGCGCUCAUGAUGCAGCUCGGCUGCGACGGAGUCUUUGUGGGAAGCGGUAUUUUCAAGUCGGGCGACCCUGCGAAGCGGGCCAAGGCCAUCGUGCGUGCGACUACACACUACAAGGAUGCCAAGGUGCUGGCUGAGACUAGCACGGGGCUUGGCGAGGCUAUGGUGGGAAUUAACUGCGAUAGCAUGAAGCCUGAGGAGAAGCUUGCUGGACGAGGAUGGUAG